AUGGCGGGGAGCACGGACCUGACGAAGCAGGUGGAGGCGUUGCUGGAAGAUCCGUCGCAGACGAUUCUCAUGGCGAUGAAACUCUCCAAGAACCAGGCAUCGUGGACCGUCGCCGGGCGACGCGGGCGGCUGCAGAGCAAACCGCGUAUCCUCGCUAUUGGCGUGAGGCGCAAGGAGAACACGGGGAAACAGAAGCCAAAAAUCCACAUCAUCAAGCCCGGACCUCAAGGACUAGAGCUGCUCAAGUCAUACCGAUUGGGAGCCCUCACGAGCAUUGAGCUAGUCACCAGUGACACCACAGGCCGCUCCUUCCUCUUGGUGUUUGACGAGAAAACGGACAGCUCACAGCCUCAAUGGACCACAAGGACAGUCGACGACAGGAACCAGCUGGUGUUUCUGCUGCUCAAGAUGUGCAAGGACUAUCUGAAAACGCUCCCCAAAGUCAUUGGGCUCGAUGUGGUCGACCUCGCGCUGUGGGCCAAGAAAAACGCCAAGUCAUUGCCAGGAGGAGCACGGCUGACAGAGGAAGGGGAGGGCGAGGCGGUGGGGGUGGAGAGCGAGUCGAUGAUGGCGCAGGACAGCCUGGUGUCUAAGGUGGAGGAGGAGGACAUGGAGGCGCUGCUGGGCACGUUCAAGGUGGGAGUGGAUGGCGAGGCGGUGGGGGUAGAGAGUGAGUUGAUGAUGGCGCAGGACAGCCUGGUGUCCAAGGUGGAGGAGGAGGACAUGGAGGCGCUGCUGGGCAUCUAUGUGAUUGGAAUUGACGAGGCAGAGGCGUUCAGCGAGCGGCUGAAGAGGGAGCUGGGGGCAUUGGAGGCCGCGAACGUUCAUGCCAUUCUGGAAAGCGAGGCACUGGUGGAGGAGGUGGUUGACAGCCUGGACGAGGCGGCGGGACGAGUGGAGGACAUGGAGAACUGGCUGAACGUGUUCAACGUGAAGCUCAAGCACAUGCGCGAUGACAUUGAAUCGAUAGAGGCGCAGAACAACAUGCUAGAGAUGCAAGCAAAGAACAACAAGAAGCUCCUAGAGGAGCUCGAGACGCUCCUCGAGUCGCUCUACAUCCCGCCGCAGUGCAUCCGCGUGCUCUCCUCGGGCUCCCUGGACGAGCAAGCCAUGCCCAACACGCUCGAGGCCGUGGGGUGGCUGGUGGAUGCCGUGAAGAAGCUGGAGCCUCCGCAGCUGGACCAGAAUUACGUCAACAUGCGCGCGCCCGCCAUGCCCAACACGCUCGAGGCCGUGGGAUGGCUGUUGGACGCCGUGAAUAAGCUGGAGCCGCCUCAGCUGGACCAGAACUACGUCAACAUGCGUGCGGUGCGGGAGAAGAAGGCUGAACUCGACAGCUUGAAGAAUGGCUUCGUGCGGCGGGCCACUGAUUUCAUUCGCUCCUUCAUCUCCUCCACCGUCGAGGCUGCUGCGGAGCUGGAUCCCAACGUGCUAGACAACAUUCGGCGGACGUACAUCCACUCACUCAACAUGCUGCUCAGGCGCGAGAUCUCCGUGCAUCGGCGCGUGUCUCAGCCAAGGCCAGCACAGCUCCACCUGCUCUGGAGCAGGGCAGCGCUGCCUCCCUUUGACUGCAUGCUAACUGCCCCCUUAUUGCCCAACCUGCCCACCUCUCAGGCUCGUGAGUUCUCCACCGAUCUCCGUGCAUCAGCGCGUGUCUCCGCCAAGACCAGCACGGCCCCGCCUUUCCUUGAGCAAGGCAGUGCUGCCCUGCCGCCUGCUGCUGACUCCCAAGCUGCCAGCGACGCCUUUGCCAAGAUGCUCCGCGCGUUCCUGCCCUUGAUUUCUGAAGAGGGUCUCUUCUUCCAGCAGUUCCUCUGCUUCUCCCCAGCAGCAGACGACGAUGAAGAGCCCUUGUCGGAGGAGGAUGCAGCAGCGCUGGCAGCAGCAGCGGGGCAGCUAUUAGAGGGCAUGUCGACCCCCGUCCCCCCUUCCCCCCACUCCUCCCCUCCAGCUGAUGAAGAUGCGGCAGCACUGGCAGCAGCAGCGGAGCAGCUAUUCGAGGGAAUCCAUGAGGACUUUGUGGCGAUGGUGGAGUGGGUGUUCAAGGUGGACCCUCUGCGCUGCAUCACUCUCGUGGGGCACACGGAGGCGUGGCAGCAGCAGCAGCAGCAGCUGCAGUUGCAGCAUGGGGCUGAUGCCGGGGGGUGUGGAGCCGUUAUUACCAGGAAGCUUCUGCUCGAGCUGGAGACGAGAAUCAGGCAGAAUUUCUUCCGAUACGUGGAGGAGGCUAAUGGGCGGAUUGAACGGUACGACAGAGGCGUCAAGCAGGCGGGCGUGCUGUUGUACGUGCCUUAUUCACGACUUACCCCCACCUCUCCCGCUUCCCCCACCCUGCGCCUGUCCCUUUGUUCCUCUCUCCAGUACGUGGAGGAGGCGAAUGGGCAGAUCGAGCGGUACGACAGAGGCGUGAAGCAGGCGGGUGUGCCUUUAUUCAACCCAUCCCUCUUCCUCCCUCCCCCCUGCCAACCCCAGUAUGUGGAGGAGGCGAAUGGGCAGAUCGAGCGGUACGACCGGGGCGUGAAGCAGGCGGGCGUGCUGUCGUACGUGCCUCUACUCUUGAGUCGACUCAAAAGUCACUAUUAUGUGGAGGAGGCGAAUGGGCAGAUUGAGCGGUACGACCGGGGCGUCAAGCAGGCGGGCGUGCUGUCGUACGUGCCUCGCUUUGCAGCGCUGGCGGUGCGAAUGGAGGGGCUGGUCAUGGGCUCGUGCAGAGACCUGGUGGACCAGGCUUAUAACAAGCUGCAUGUCAAGAUGGCAGUGCGAAUGGAGGGGCUGGUCAUGGGCAUCGUGCAGAGACCUGGUGGACCAGGCCUACAACAAGCUGGUGAGGCGUGGGGUGGGGAAGAAGGGUGGGGAAGAGGGGUGGGGAAGAGGAGUGGGGAAGAGGAGUGGGGAAGAGGGGUGGGGAAGAGGGGUGGGGAAGAGGGGGUGGGGGAAGAGGGGUAG